AUGGUCGUGAGUAAGGGUGGCGUGGCAAAGUGGCGGAAAAUGCAGGCAUUGUUGGAGAACAUUCAGCUCCCUGCACAUUGGUCGGUGAAACAGUCUUGUUUGUUUUUGCUAUCUCCCGAGCAACAAGCACAGCAGGAUGAGCACCAAGACAAACCCCGUGUGGUUGAAUCGGCCUGUACUUCAUCCGUGCCGCUGACACACUUUCCAAAAAGGAUUAGGAACUACACGGAGGACGACAAGAGGCUCUUCAAGGGAGAAAGGCUUUAUUCCAGCAACUCGACGACUGAUGGGGAUGCAGCAGAUUUUUUCUGCAACGAGGAUCAAGCAGCUUUUUCCUCGGGUGGUCGUGGUUGCGGGCGGCCGCACAUCGAGCAGGCGUCCUCGAGACUACAACACCCUGAAAGAUGUUGCCCCACCUCAAGCGAAAAAGCAACGUCAUCUCCAUCGAGACCAAAAAUUCCGAUCGCCGCUUUUGACUUCGACAAUACGUUGCUGCGCACGCAAAGCCGCCAGGAGGCGCUUUGUGAGAAGCUGCUUGUACAGCAGAAGUGCUGGCUCGACGACAACGUUGCGAGACUAUUCCACGCGCUCCACAGCAGAGGUCACCGGCUUGUCGUCUUCAGCAACCAAAACGUUCUGCGCAGAGUAAACGACCUGGACCAGUGCCGGGACGCUGUGGAAAAUUGCAUUCGCAGGUUCACAACCUUCCAAAACGCUCUGCAGAAAGUGAUUUUUUCGAGGGACGAAGCCGGCACCUCAAGAACAGGCGCAACUGAAAAUAACGCUCCGUCGUCAACAACUUUUCCAGUCGAUUUUUUCUUGGCGCUAGGGCGUGGAGACACAGGAGAUUGGUACCGCAAACCAAAUCCGGGGAUGUGGCACCUUUUUCGGGACGAGCUGCGGGCGCAAAGUUGUGCAAACGACCCAAAGGAUAUCGACUACUCGGCAAGUUUCUACGUGGGCAAUUCGGCUGGACGUCCGCUUGACGCGACCGAUUUCGACCGCCGAUUUGCUGACAAUAUCGGCGUCAAGUUCUUUACGGAAGAAAUCUUCCAACGGUUCGCAACAGGCGAAGAUGGUCUUUUAAGUGUGAACGAGGAAACGCAUAAUUUCCCAGUGCCAUCCUACGAAAAUCAAGUUCUUUUGUCUUCAAGGAUCUAGCGUUAUCAGGAGAAAUUUCCCUGUCUGCUCCUGAAGGACCACGAGUACUCUAUAUCUAGUGAUGUUGUAGUUGAUGAGUCUUUGUCUAUCGUUCAUCUUCAUGUUCUCCUGCCACCUAAAGAAUAAAAAUUCAAAAGGAAAGUCAUAAUCGCAUGUCUCUGUCUGUGAGUCGUGUUUGUGAUGUGCUCAAUUUCACUCCAAGUUGUAGUCGAU